UAGAGUAGUUCCAGUCCUCCAGGGUCAGAGAGCCGGCUCUCCUCAAUAAAAUCACAGCAGAAAUUAAUAUCUGGUAUCAGCACCAUUAUCACUGCUGCUUCUGACAGUUUCUGAACUUUACUCAUUCCAUGGAUCCGUUCACUGAAUCCAGUCUACCAAGAGUUAACAAGACUGCAUUACACCUGGAGACAAGGGGACAGAGUCUGGACUCUUACCUGUGAACCUUUUUGAGACUCAGAUCUGUUUUUUCAGGCCGUGGAAUCGAGUCAUCAGGAGAGCUGUGGACCGAUCCAACAAACUAUGAAGGUAGAAGGUGUGUGUGAGCUGAUGUGAAUCCAGCAGCAUGAAUCAGUGUGAGGACAAAGAGGAGGGAGUCCUUCCCUCUAAAACCUCCCCGAGGGGAAAACCUGAGAGUCAGAGAGAAGAAGAGAGGAGUGGACCUGGACCUGGACCUGGACCUGGACCUGGACCUGGACCUGGACCUGGACCUGGACCUGGACCUGGAUCUUGUCCUGGACCUGGACCUGGACCUGGACCUGAACCUGGACCUGAACCUGGUCCCAGCUGUGUGUCCUUGAAGAGUGAUGCAUCAAAUGAUUUAAUUUUAAAUUUUAAAGAUGCUCCUGGUUGUCCUUCAGAGAGAGUGGACCAGCAGAUCUCAGAGUCUCCCAGUGGUCCGUCUGUCCAGCAGCAUCAGGCCCAGCUGGACUCCAUCUUUCAGCUGCUGGAGGACGACAUCAUCAUGUUUGUGAAGGAUGAGCUGAAGAAGAUCCAGAAGGUUCUGAAUCCAGAUUACCCAGAAUCUUCAGAGAGUCUGGAGGAGGAUGAAGAUGAAGAGCAGCAGAGCAUCAAAGGGUCAUUUAUGAAGAUCACAGUGAAGUUCUUGAGGAGGAGGAAGCAGGAGAAGCUGGCUGACCUCCUGCAGAGCAAUACCGUGGCUGCCGUUUGUCAAACCAAACUCCAAAGUCAGCUGCAGAAGAAGCACCAGCAUGUGUUUGAGGGGAUCACUAAAGCAGGAAAGAAAACCCUUCUGGAGCAGAUCUACACGGAGCUCUACAUCACACAGGGAGGGACCGGAGAGGUCAAUGAAGAACAUGAAGUCAGACAGAUUGAAGCAGCUUCCAGGAAACCAGACGGAGUAGAAACAGCCAUCAGACAGGAAGACAUCUUUAAACCCCCACCUGGAAGAAGAGGACCAAUCAGAACGGUGAUGACGAAGGGAGUGGCUGGUAUCGGGAAAACAGUGUUAACACAGAAGUUCAGUCUGGACUGGGCUGAAGGCAGAACCAACCAGGACAUACAGUUCCUGCUUCCAUUCACCUUCAGACGUCUGAAUGUGCUGAGAGAGGAGUUCAGCUUGGUGGAACUAGUUCAUGGAUUCUUCUCUGAAACCAAAGGAAUCUGCAGCUUUGAAGACUUCCAGGUCGCGUUCAUCUUUGACGGUCUGGAUGAGUGUCAUCUUCCUCUGGACUUCCACAACCCUACAAUCCUCAGUGACCCCAAAAGGUCCAGCUCAGUGGAUGUGCUGCUGACAAACCUCAUCAGGGGGAACUUGCUUCCUUCUGCUCGUGUCUGGAUCACCACACGACCCGCAGCAGCCAAUCAGAUCCCUCCUUGCUAUGUUGACAUGGUGACAGAAGUCAGAGGGUUCACUGACCCACAGAAGGAGGAGUACUUCAGGAAGAGGUUCAGAGAUGAGGAGCAGGCCAGCAGGAUCAUCUCCCACAUCAACACAUCACGGACCCUCCAUAUCAUGUGCCACAUCCCAGUCUUCUGCUGGAUCACUGCUACGGUCCUGGAGAACGUCCUGGAAACCAGAGAGGGAGGGGAGCUGCCCAAGACCCUGACUGAGAUGUACAUCCACUUCCUGGUGGUCCAGGCCAAACUGAAGAAGGUCAAGUAUGAUAGAGGAGCUGAGACGGAUCCACACUGGAGUCCAGAGAGCAGGAAGAUGAUGGAGUCUCUGGGAAAACUGGCUUUUGAGCAGCUGCAGAAAGGAAACCUGAUCUUCUAUGAACCAGACCUGAGAGAGUGUGGCAUCGAUGUCAGAGAGGCUUCAGUGUACUCAGGAGUGUUCACCCAGAUUUUCAGAGAGGAGAGCAGCCUGUACCAGGUCCAGGUCUUCUGCUUCAUCCAUCUGAGUGUCCAGGAGUUUCUGGCUGCCCUUCAUGUCCAUCAGACCUUCAUCAGCUCUGGAGUCAACCUGCUGGAAGAUCAACUAACAACUCACCGUUAUUCAACCGGUUUCUAUCAGACAGCUGUGGACAAAACCUUACAGAGUCCAAAUGGACAUCUGGACUUGUUCCUGCGCUUCCUCCUGGGUCUUUCAGUGGAGACCAAUCAGAACCUCCUACGAGGUCUGAUGAUAUCAAACCAAAGAAGUUCACAGAACAAUCAGGAAACUGUCAAAUACAUCAAGAAGAAGAUCAGUGAGGACCUGUCUGCAGAGAGAAGCAUCAACCUGUUCCACUGUCUGAAUGAACUGAACAAUCGUUCUCUGGUAAAGGAGGUCCAACGGUUCCUGAGGUCUGGACGUCUCUCCACAGAUAAACUGUCACCUGCUCAGUGGUCAGCUCUGGUAUUCAUCUUACUGUCAUCAGGAGAUCUGGAGGUGUUUGACCUGAAGAUGUUCUCAGCUUCAGAGGAGGCUCUACUGAGGCUGCUGCCGGUGGUCCAAGCCUCCAAGAAAGUUCUACUGAGUGGCUGUAACCUCUCAGAGGACAACUGUCCAGUUCUGUCCUCAGUUCUCAGCUCUCAGUCCUCCAGUCUGACAGAACUGGACCUGAGCAACAACGACCUGCAGGAUUCUGGACUGCAGAAGCUGUGUCCUGGACUGGAGAGUCCACACUGUAAACUGGAGUCUCUCAGGCUGUCAGGCUGUCUGAUCUCAGAGGAAGGAAGUGCUUCUCUGGUCUCAGCUCUGACCUCCAACCCAUCCCACCUGAGAGAGCUGGACCUGAGCUACAACCAUCCAGGGGAGUCAGCAGGGGAGCUUCUGUCUGCUGGACUGGAGGAUCCCCGCUGGAGGCUGGACUCUCUCAGGGUGGAGCCUGCUGGACAACGAUGGUUGAGACCAGGUCUGAGGAAGUAUUCCUGUCAACUCACCAUCGACACAAACACAGUCAACGACAACAUCAAACUGUCUGAUGACAACAGGAAGAUGACAAAUGUGAUGAAGUAUCAGUCAUAUCCUGAUCAUCCAGACAGGUUUAAUGAUCUUCCUCAGCUGCUGUGUAGAGAAGUUCUAAUGGGUCGCUGUUACUGGGAGGUCCAGUGGAGCGGACGUGUUUCUGUAUCAGUGAGUUACAGAAGAAUCAGCGAGGGAGGUGACUGUAGGUUUGGAAGAAACGAUCAUUCCUGGAGUCUGGACUGUUAUCUACGUGAUCAGUACCGUGUCUAUCACAAUGACAGAGCCACACCCAUCAUCUCCUCAUCUUCAUCUUCAGACUCUGGCAGAGUAGCAGUGUACGUGGACUGUCCUGCUGGAACUCUGUCCUUCUAUGAAGUCGUCUCUGACAGACUGAUCCACCUCCACACCUUCAACACCACCUUCACUGAACCUCUCUGUCCUGGAUUUGGACUCUGGUCCGGGUUUGGUUCCUCAGUGUCUCUGUGUCCAGUUUAGUCUCAAGAGUCUUGUCAGAGAAACUGUCUCUGUUGGAUCCUGGACUUGGACUCUGGUUCUGGUUCCUCAGUGUCAUGAUGAUGAUGAUGAUGAUGAUGAUGAUGAUGAUGAUGAUGAUGAUGAUGAUGAUGAUGAUGAAAAGGAUAUGAUCAUUUAUCUUUAGUUUUUUUGGUUUAUUGUAUUUUUAUUUCAUCUUUUUCACAUUUAACCAUUAAAUAAUUUACUGGAUUGUUGAUGUUUGAUCAUACAUUAGAUUUGUAUCUCAUUAUUCUUGUUUUAUUCCCUCUCUGCCCUGCCCUCCCUCAACCCUGCAUUUUAACUUUUUAACCAAUAGCACUGCCGCCUAGAAGUCUGUUCUUUUAUAUUUGUACUGUGUUUUUAUAUCUGUUUUUAUGGUUUUUCUGCAAUGACAUAUUGUUAUGGGUUCUGUCAGUGUACGUCUAUAUUGUCAGUGUUAUGUCUAUAUUGUCACUGUCUUGUCCAAAUGUAUAUACACUGUGGGCCUGGGGAGCAUUGCAAUUUCGAAUCCUAUGUAUAAACCUGUACACAUGGUUUUGACAAAUAAACUAACUUGACUUGA